GCCCACAGGUUCAAUCAAUGGAUCGAUCACAGACUGCACAGAUGAGAGCUGCCCCGAGAAAAACACAAGCCAAACAAAACCCGCAGCGAUAAAGCCCCCCACGCACCAAAAUUUUGCAGCCAUACCCCCGCGCAGAUCUUUUUUCGCUUCCCCGGUGAUCACGCCACCUCCGCCUCACCUCACCGGCGAUCGGCGAUGGAGAGCUCCGGUGAGGCGGACCCGGCGGGGCAGGACCAGGACCGGCGCCUCGCGGCGUCGCUGACGGCGCGGUACUCGGACUGGGUGCUGGAGGCGCUGGACGAGCUCCCGGGGUGCUUCCUGCUCACCGACCCGUCCCUCGCUGGCCACCCAAUCGUCUACGCCUCCCGGGGGCUCGCCACCCUCACCGGCUACGCGCGCCGCGAGGUGCUGGGCCGCAACGCGCGCGUCCUCCAGGGCGCAGCCACCGACCGCGCCGCCGUGGCCGGGGUGCGCGAGGCCGUGCGCGCCCAGCGCGCGCACCAGGUCGACAUCCUCAACUACCGCCGCGACGGGUCGCCGCACUGGGUGCUGCUCCACUUGGCCCCCGUCUUCCACGCCGCCGACGGGAGGCUGCUCCACUUCCUCGCUGUGCAGGUGCCCAUCGCCGCCGCAGCGCGCAGGCCGCCGUGCCGCGCCGCGGCGGCGAUGUUCGCCGCGUGCCGCGAGGAGGCGAGGGUGGACGAGGAUUUCCCUUGCGCGAGCCACGCUGGGAAGGUGUUUGUCGAUAUGGAUAAGAGAGGGCUGGGGGCCGAGGAACCACGUGUAGCUAGUGAUAGUGAGAAAGAGAAGGCAAUGAGUACGGCUAACAGCAUCUUCUCCGCGCUGAACCGCUACAGCAAAUUAACUGGUCUUGUGGUCUGCGGGAAGAGAUGUGACUCUGUUGGCAUCCAAGCACUCAGUUCUUCCUUAAACCUCUCUCUCGGUAGAAUCAAACAGAGCUUUGUAUUGACUGACCCCCAUUUGCCUGACAUGCCGAUAAUCUAUGCUAGCGAUGCUUUUCUAUCACUAACAGGUUACUCGAGAGAAGAAAUAUUGGGCUGUAACUGCAGAUUCUUAAACGGUCCAGGUACCAGCAUGGAGGUUUUAGAGGAGAUAAAUCAGCAUAUUUGUUCUGAGCAGGCAUGCACAGUGGAUCAACUAAAUUACAGGAAAGAUGGAAGCUCAUUCCGUGAUCUUCUACAUGUAUCUCCUAUCCGAGAUGCAUCGGGCAAGGUUCGCUUACAUCUUUCUCAGGUCGCAUUUCAUAUCUGGGUUCACCUUGAUGUGGGCACAAAGCAUGAUUUUAACGGGUUGACCCCUGAGGUAUGGCAGCUUGGUGCCGUUGGUGCGGUGAGAGUUGCAGUCAGAGGCUUAUCGGCGUCAGGUAGCCUGUUGAGACCGUCCCAAUAGCGCGUCUCGAGUCUCUUUGCCAUUUUGACAUGUCGACUUGCAAAUGUACAUUGCAGCUGCCAAUUGUAUGUAAAGUAACUGUUUAGGACAAAAAAAGAAAUUCAGUUCAUUUAUAAGGAAAAUUCCAGGUAAAUACAUGAUGGUUGUUGUGAUUUUGUAAUCAUGCGAAAUGGAGUAAAGAAAAGAAAAUAGAAGACCCAUAAUUUCUUCAAUUUCA